UUCACUUGGUUUGAACUAAAAAAGAGGAACUGCUGGAUGUUCAGUAUAAGUAAGACGUCCUACACAAGCUUGUUUCACAGUCGAGGAAGUCCUUCUGCCCUCCACUGCUCCAGAAACACGAAGACACCGUUGACUUUUGGACGACCGGUCACAGCUCUGUUUGACGAUGACGUCUCUGAAGACAAAGAAUAUCUGCUUCCUCGCUGCCUUCCUCUUCCUCGCCAUCGUUCCCACACUGGCUGAAGUGGUGAAGUCGGUGUCAGAGUGUAACCAGUUUGUCCGUCAGGGAACUCCAGCAAACAUCCCAGGCGUCUUGAAGGACGGGAAAAUCCAGGACCAGAACAGAUACAAAGUCAUUUGCCAGACUUAUGCGAAUAAGCCAUGGUAUCUGACAGUCUACGACACUGCUAAAAAGAUUCCAGUGUUUUCUGCUUACAAGUACAGUGGCAAAAAAGCGGGGGGAAGACCGACAAAAGACUGGAAGAUAGAGCCACAGCUUGAGGACAGCGCUGCCUCGAAGGACAUGAUGAUGGAAGAACGAGGCAAGACCUACACCAAGCAGGCCGUGAAUGCUGAUUAUGAUAGCAUCAAAACAGACUAUAACAGGGGCCAUUUAUUUCCAGUCAGUCACACAGGGUACAAGAAUGAGCAAAUUUCAACCUUCACUUUGACCAAUGCUGUUCCACAAAUAAUUUCAUUCAAUGACAAAAGCUGGGCCUAUAUGGAGAAAUGCAUCCAAUACAUUAUGUUCUACUACAUCAACCAAAGAAAAAUGGAAUGCUUUGUGGUAGUUGGUGCAAAACCCGGGAACAACAACAGACCCAUCAACAGCAUUAAUAUUCCCUCCGUGAUGUGGUCAGCUUUCUACUGCAGUGACACAGAGAGGUCGAUAGCAGGUGCUCACUGGGGCGACAAUGUGAAAAUACAGAGUAAAACCCUCCUCGUUAUGGAGACUUUGGAAGAACUCAAAGAAAAACAGGGCAAUGAGGCAUUUCCUGGCACAAAUCCUGAAGCAUUUGAUAUUGAUGAUAUUAAGGAUCCUAAAGUAAAACAAAACGUGCGUAAUAACUGCCGUUUCCAAUAAGCAGCUCUGCUCCUCCCUCUGUAACAUGUAGUCCUGCAGCAUCUACAUAUAGUCCACAUUUGCCUCUGGCUUUAGCACAUCUGUGAGCACAGAUGUUUCUUUGGGUUUCUCCCUGUGUGAGGAAACCUUUGUGAAAAAUUGCUAGAAUCAAAAGAUCAAUCUGUGAUUCUACAGCUCUGCUUGAGAUUGAAUGAAACUUUGAAAAUCAGCAGCUAACAUGCACGUCUACAUGAAAUAAACUAAUCAAGAUAACGCAUCGCUUGAAUUAAAGAAUGAUUCAGUACAGACUGAAGCUCCUGAAAAUUGUUCUGUCACAAGUUGUUGAAGCUUCAGGCUGAGCUGUUUGUUCAUAUUUGACUGUACUAUACUUUUUGUGUCAUUUCAUUUGUUCCAAUGAUCGGACAGCGGCUGAGGAAAAGUGUCCUUUACAUGGCUUCAGAUGGAAGACACCAGGUCAAUGUACAUGAUUUGUAACAUGUGGAUGAAAUAAAGAGCACAAGAGCCUGACUGGAAA